AUGAUUGACCGUAAAGUUCUUUAUGACCUACACGAUUUGCUAAAUGAAAUUCAGGCUUUGAAAACACUCCGAGAAUAUAGUGUGAUAUUUUCAUACUUAGACUCCUCACUAGGCAUUAGACCAAUAGUUCAAAAACUGCCAAAGUUUAUUCAAGAUAAAUGGAUCACACGAGUGGUGAAUUAUAAGAAGCAGAACCAAGUGAUUUUCCCGCCUUUUAGCGAGUUCUUAAAAUUCAUUGGUGAAAUAAGUGUUAUUCGAAAUGACCCAAGUCUCCUUUUUGAAACACCUAUGAAUCAGUCAACAAGAAAACCAAGUUACAAUAAACCACAAAACACUAUGUACAAACAAAAAGAUCAGCAUCUUAUAACGGCAAAUAAGAUGGAGGUAAAUUCUACUCCUGUAACAAAGUCAAACUCAAACUCAACACAUGCCUGUUUGAUUCACAUUGGAGCCAAACACACCAUUAAUGAGUGUAAAGCUUUCCGGAGCAAAAGUUUAGAAAACAGAAAGACUCUGCUUCGAAGUCAUAACAUUUGUUUACGUUGUUGCGAUACUUCAGACCAUUUUGCAAACCGUUGUCGGGCUCAGAUACAAUGUGACAUAUGCAAAGCGUCAACUCAUUGCACUGCUCUUCAUAUAGACUUUAACAAUAAUAAUGCAGAAAUUAACAAUAACUCAAAUCAAAGAACUGGUAAUGCUGCACCAAAGCAUGGCGAGAUAACACCAGCAGAAGUAAGCUCUCGUUGUACCGAGAUUUGUGGUAUUCCCAGCUUUACAGGCAAAUCAUGCGCAAAAAUUCUUCCAGUGCGAAUAUUUCCGGAAGGACAAUCGGACAAAGCUGUACUCGCAUAUGCAAUGUUUGAUGACCAAAGCAAUAGGACUCUAGGAAAAACUUGUUUGUUUGAUAGCUUAUCUGUUGAAUCUGAAACAAUCGAAUACAAGAUGGAAUCAUGUGCCGGAAGGUCGACAAGUAGUGGACGGAUUGUAGGAGGACUGGUAGUUGAAAGCGUCAGUAACAAUCUGCAAAUGAAAUUACCACCUGUUAUAGAAUGUGACAAUAUUCCAGACAAUCAAACUGAAAUUCCGACACCGGAUGUUGCUCGCCAUUACCCACACUUGCAUGACAUUGCUCAUCAAUUACAUAAACGCGACGCUUCUAUGAAAAUAAUGUUACUGAUAGGCCGUGACCUUUCAAGUGCUCACCACGUUCUUGAACAAAAGUUAGGACCUCCACGGUCACCUUUUGCACAACGUUCACCACUAGGCUGGACUAUCAUUGGUGAUGUUUGUCUCUUUGGACAACAUUGUCCUUCAUCAGCGGAGUGUGAUCAGAAUUUCAUCAUAGAUAAUGGGCGCCCUACGAGUUUGAAACCAUGUGAACAAAAUAUUAACGUUCGAAAAACAUUCAUCAGAAGUGAACAACCCCAAUUGACAAAAUAUAACAUUUUCGAAACAACUAGUCACGACAAUAAGCCCGGACUGUCAAUUGAAGAUCGUAAAUUUCUAGACAUAAUGGACAAAGAAUUUCGCCUAGACUUUGAUGGUAAAUGGGUAGCGCCUUUAUCUUUUGGUUCACCACAUAAUACUAUGCCAGACAAUUAUCUGCUUGCGCUUAAUCGUGCCAGAUCUCUGGAUGCUUCACUGCAUAGGAAUGAAACAAAGAAGCAGCAUCUACUCGAAUUCAUGCAGAAAAUUAUUGACAAUCACCAUGCUGAAAUUGCCCCGUAUCUACCUCCUGAUAGAGAACGUUGGUACCUUCCAUUAUUCGGGGUAUAUCACCCUCGCAAGCCAGAGCAAAUUCGCGGCGUCUUUGACGCAUCUGCAAAAUUCAACAAUGUUUCACUGAAUGACCAGCUGCUUCAAGGUCCUGAUCUCAUCAACAGUCUUCUCGGAAUACUUAUUCGAUUUAGAAAAGAGAUGGUAGGAGUAGUCGCUGAUAUCCAGCAAAUGUUCCAUUCGUUCCUGGUACAGGAAGAACAUAGAGAUUUCCUCAGAUUUCUAUGGCACAAAGAUAAUGUGAUUGAAAACCCACUUGUUACUUACCGUAUGCGUGUACAUGUCUUUGGGAAUCGACCUUCGCCCUCAAUAGCUAUGUAUGGAUUACGUCGAAUAGGAGAAUUAGCCACUGAAUCUCAUGGUGACGAUGUGAAGAAUUUUAUAAACAAUGAUUUCUAUGUUGAUGAUGGCUUGAAGUCUUGCCCGUCAAGCCAAGAUGCUAUAGACUUGAUUCUAAAAACCCAAGAAGCCAUGAAAAUGCAUGGAAAUCUGCGACUUCAUAAAUUUGCGUCCAAUAGCAAAGUUGUUAUGAAUGCGUUGGAACCCGGAGACUUAGCAAAGGGACUCGUGGAUAUGGACUUUGAGAAAGACUCACCUACUCAGCGUAGCCUAGGUCUGCUGUGGGAUUUAGGAUCCGAUACCUUUAAAUUCAGCAUCUCUAAUGAAACUAAAUCAGCAACGCGUAGAGGCAUACUCUCAGUUGUUAAUAGUCUUUACGACCCAAUGGGAUUUAUCUCCCCAAUAACUGUGCAAGCUGUGUGUUACCUUCAUGUUAGUUAUUCGGAUGAUUCUACUUCUACUGGAUUCGUGCUAGGUAAAGCCAAGGUUGCUCCAGCGAAAUGUACCACCAUUCCAAGACUAGAACUCUGUUCUGCAGUGCUAGGGGUUGAAAUUGCUCAGAUUGCAGUGGAUCACUUGCAGAUCAAUAUUGAUAACAUCAAAUAUUUCAGUGAUAGUCGAGUAGUCUUAGGCUAUAUUAACAAUGAAAAGAGACGCUUUUUUGUUUACGUAGCCAACCGUGUUGCAAGGAUCAGAAGUUAUAGCGAACCUACUCAAUGGCUCUAUGUUCGUUCUGAAAAGAACCCUGCAGAUAUAGGAACUAGAGGUAUUCAUCCCGCAGACUUACAGAAUAGUCUCUGGCUACAUGGGCCAAGCAGAAUCGAAGCACCUAAUGUAUCUUUGGAUAAAGAUUCCGACUUCUCACUCAUUCAGCCAGAUGUUGAUGUGGAAAUCCGUUCGAACAAAGUUGAUAUUGAGAAUGUUAAACCGAAUGGUCUUGGCAACAGUGUAUUUGAGAAAUUCUCUGAUUGGAAUAGAUUGAAUUUUGCCUUAGCUACAGUUCGAAAAUUCAUUCGGCGUCAUUUAAAUUUGAAGCGAUCAGAUGGCUCAAAGAACAUGGACAAUGUUGAACUGCUGCACAACACAGAGCAGCUUGUUCUAAGAGAGGUACAGCAGCAAUUUUAUGAAAGUGAAUUAAAUGAUAUUCGUGACUCAAAGCCUCUAAACAAACACAGUUCUAUCGUACAACUGGAUCCAUUUAUCGGCAAUGAUGGGCUCCUACGUGUAGGUGGACGCUUGAAACAUAUUAAAUUUGAUUUUUCCUUCAAGAAUCCUAUCAUCUUACCUGCAAAACAUCAUGUUACAACUCGUAUCGUCCGUAAAUACCAUGAAGAUGUGAAACAUCAGGGAUCGACGCCAUUUUACUGA